GGCUUUGACUGAGCCACUCAGGCACUCCAUGGACAAAAACUGUAUCAGUAGGCUUUCCAUUCAAUGUGAAACUCUCUGUGCCCCCUCCCCCACCAUUACUUAUAUCCUUCCUUUAGGAAAAUUAUGAACUCCUAAUUAGGACUUAAUAGUUACCCAAAAUUUGAAAAUAAGAAGCAACAGUUUGCGUUUGCAAUAAAGACCAUUUCAGGUUAAUGGCAACUUUUGCUUGUAUGCAAGAAAUAAAUAUACUGAAAUCUGUCAUUCAUACUGUGAACAAAACAAGGGAGAAAAUAUUCCUAGAACCAGUGAUUCAUAGUUAUUUUUGUUGGGGUGAAAAACCAUCUCUUGAAAAGUACAAUGGUUCAAUGAACAAAUGUCACAGUGCAUGGGAUGACAUAAGCCAUUCUUGUAGCUGAAUGGAGGAAGAAAAAGAGUUUUUUUUUUUUACAAGGCCAGUUUUGAUGCAAUUGAAAUAUUACAUUUAAGAAACCCUACUCAUUGUUGAUGAGUAAUCUGAUUUUGAUGAUGGUCCUUUGUUUGAGAUACAUAUAUUCUGACAACUUUCCACCCCCAAAUAGAAUGUUUGAAGCUUUCUAUUAUCCUUUAUUAAUGUUUUCUGUAUUAUUCCCACACCUUGGGCUACUGCUAAGUGCCACAUCCAAUUUUAGCAACCAGAAUGUCUUGUGAGCCCUUCUCCCAGGGGCAGUUUUUGGGGUGUGUAUAUUGAAUCAGAGAAUGUUAGGGGUGGACAUGGCUUUAAAGACCACCUAAUCCCUUAUUUUACAGAUGGAAGAUUCAAUCUUGAGAAAUUUGGUCACAUCUGAUAGGUCAUGGAGCUCCAACUAAAACUCAGAGAAGAGAAGAUCUUCCUUACAACAUUUGCAAAAGCGGUCACAAAAACUUGUUUAGGAUAUUGGGUUUCCUGGAUCCUCUCCAUGCUUUUCUUCCUGCAAUUAAGCCUUAUAUGAUAUGAGGAUUUAGACCGAAGUAGAGAGAAGACUUUCUUCCUUUUGGCUUUUAAGAGGACAUGUUCUGGAAAUCUUGGGAGAAUCUGGCAGAUGCUACACAGUGAAGUCUGGGUUCCGUGCGUCUGCAAACUUUUGAACAGAAUACUGGCCUCAGCAAACAAGUCCUCCAGCUCCUCCUGCUGCUGCUGCUCAUUCCUGCGGCUCCUCAGACACUAACGCCAGACGGCGAUGCCUCUUGGGUUGUGACUCCAGCGCAGAAACUUGGAGGAGCCCUUUGCCCGCCGUCCUACUUGGCAACAAAGCCUCUCCUAGCAGCGAAUGACCAUGUGUAGCGGAGCGAGGCUGGCCCUCCUGGUCUACGGGAUAAUAAUGCACAGCAGCGUCUACUGCUCACCUGCCACCGCAGGACUCCGGUUCCCUGGAAUCAGGCCGGAGGACGAAGCGUACGACGAGGACGGAAACCCGCAGCAGGACUUCUACGACUCAGACCCGCCGGGCGUGGGGAGCCCCGCCUCCGCGCUGCGCGACGCCUACGCGCUCUACUACCCCUCGGAGAAGAGAGAUGUCGCCCAAGGGAUCCUUAACAAGGCCUACCGCAAAGUACUGGACCAGCUGUCCGCCAGGAAAUACCUGCAGACGCUCUUGGCCAAGGGCUUGGGUGGGAACCUAGGCGGCGGCCCGGAGGACGACUCAGAGCCUCUCUCCAAGCGCCACUCAGACGGAAUCUUCACCGACAGCUACAGCCGCUACCGGAAACAAAUGGCUGUCAAGAAAUACUUGGCGGCAGUCCUAGGGAAAAGGCCUGAAGAUAUUAAUACUGACCAUUUGCUACUGUACAUAAUGAUGCCCUGCUCCAGGGAGAUUUGGAGGUAAUGAUUUGGGAGAAUUGCUGAAGGGUGUUCUUUCCUAGUGAGUCUCUGGGCCAGGCUGCUUCAGUCCCAGAGGAACUCAACUAGGCACUGUCCCCCUUUGUCCCCCUCACUGGGUGGCAAUUCCAAUACUUCUGCUUUCUUUGGUUCUACUUUUAUGUGUAUUUGUCUCUCUUUAGACUCUCAGCCCAGAAGGAAAUUCUCCUGAUAAAAAACAACAGCUCGAUCCAAAUUGUGCUUCUCCCCAGAAUUCACACCACCCCCUGGGGAAAGUGUUGGGGGGUUGUACAGAGAAGGGAGACUUGGGUCUUGAAGCUCCCGUGAAGCUCCCUUUUCUGUAUUUCCAGGAAACCCAAUAUCCCAAGGUUAGGGCAAUUGGAACAAAGAGAAGGAAAUGUAGGUAUGUUGGAAGAGGCAGAGCAUAAGGCAGUCGGAGGAGGAGGACCCUGGAGAGGGACUGGUUUGGAGCUGCCCUGCGUCUGGGACGCGGAGGGUAAGCCCAGCCCCACUGUAGGUCCUCUGCCUGACUGACUUUGGGCGCUGGAUAUUGGAAAUGGAUGCAAAGUACAAUGUGUUUUUCUCCAGUGCUGUCAAUGCUUCUCAUCUUGUGAAAUGACCAGGAUACUCCCCUUUGAAUACGGCUCUGUAGGAGCCAUCCUUUUCUUUGGCGGUUUUCUGAAGACUCUUCUUUCCCACCCUUCUGCACUGUUGAAGUACCGUUUACCAUUUUCCAUUCAUUUCUCUUAAACUUGUGAAUGCUUCUUUUUUUGUUGUUUGAUGUGAGUACUUAAUUGUAAAGUUUAGGAACCCCUGUGUAGUUACCAGUAAGUAAUUAUGCACUAAAUAUGAACGAACCUUUUGUUUCUUGUUUAUUGAGUUUGUAGGUAAAAUGUAUUUUUCUACAUUAUGGCUUAUUGCUUAGUAAAAUUUAUUUCAUAAAACCAACCUUUGUCAUAUUAGAAUGUGUAGUGUUCACAUGUUGCUCAGUUUUACUAACUGAUAAAUCAUUUAAACCUCAUCUUCAUAUGUAUGAGUACUAUCUUAUAUUUGUGGUCAAGAGUGAAGUAAGCAAGCUCCAACAGACCCUGAGAACCUCCCCCUUUGUAUCCUUUCCUGGCUACUGAAAGCAUGUCUGUCUGUUUCCUAUCAUUUCCUUGAACAUGUGAGUAAUCUCUAUAAACAAAAGAACCUUCACCCAGCAGCCAGAUCAAGCUACAGCAGGCAAACAAGCCAAACUCCCAAAAUUCAGGCACAAAUUCUUUUGGAAAAUAAAAAAAGAGAACAAGAAAAGAUUAAACAUUAGCUUGUAAAGUUUAAAGGACCUUUCCUUUUCCUUUAUGGAUUUGAUUCAAUAUGAAGUCAUAAAUCAAAGAAAACAGAAUUGGAUUUGCAUUCCCAGGCGGGAUGGAUGCUGCCAGGAGAUCACAUUGCAAGCAGUGAAAGCACAGAGGCAUUCGAUCUAUGCCUGAGUCCUAUGUACGGGAUCAAUCUUUCUUUAAUUCUGCAGUCUCCUCAGGCAAUGUGACACGGGAUGCAGUUUGCAGCUUUAGUGCCUUUCUUCGCCUUUUAAAUCGCCACGAAUCACAGAUGGCUAUUUAGUGGCCCUACAAUGCUGCAACACAUCGGCUUGCAUUUUAGUCUUAAUUAUUUGUUUCUUGGAUAAUGGGCAGAGUUUUCUGUAUUUGUGUCAGCUGUUAGUGGUGAAAUAGGGCUCUAGUUAACCUUUUAUUUAUGAAGUCUAAUUUAGUGUUCCCGUGGCUAGUUGCAAGCAUUUACAGUGAUCACCCAGUUUAAUCUUUUGUAUACUUUUUAGAAAUGCCAAGAGCCUUACUAACCUGGAGCAGAUUUAUGAUAUAGUGAUAAUUUAGGUAGAUGUUAGUCUUGAAGCUCUUAUUUUGUGUGCAACUGAUUAUAAAAACAUCUUAACCAAGUAUUAUUACACACAUGAUAUCUAUAACUAGGACUUUGAUAACUGUUAUAUAAAGUGUGUAAAAUUUGUAUGAAUAAAUUUUUGUAAACAAUGCAA